GACACCUUGGGUAAACUAUUUGACAUAUUGACAAGUCCUCAUUUGACAGCACCUUAUUACCAGACACAUAUUCUUCUACCCUGUGUUAUAUCUGUGGGCCACCCUGCAGAUUGAGAAGGGAAUAAAAAUGCAGAAGGUGCUGGCGCUUGAAAAUUUAAUCGCCAACGGUAAGAUCUCUGAACAAAAGUGACACAGCACUGUUCAUCUGGUAUAAAGGCAGCUACUGUGGUAUCUUACCCAGGAAAGAGUGAACAGAUAUAUAAAUUUAAUCUCAUGUUAAGUAGGAAAACUAGGAUAGUAAAUAAAGAGUUAAUGAGCAAAUAGUUGCUGAUGUUGUAAACCAACAAAUGAGGCCUUAUGUGUGUAAUAAGAAAUGUAUCUGAACGAUUGAGCCUUCUGAAUAAAAGGCAUUAAAGGAAACCAGUUUGGGUAAAGAAAGGAACUGCUGAUAGCCAGGAGGGAAGCUGUCUCUCUUUUUAUGUCUGUUUUGUAUUUCUGACUCCAGCAGUCCUCCCUAUUUACAAGAUUAGGAGUGACUGAUGUCCAGUUGCUGUGGACAUUUUUUGCUGUGGUCAUUUUUUGUUUUCUCUUGCUUUUUGCAACUCCUAGCGUACAAAAGCCUGAGUCUCAAGUAAAGCAUCUAUGCUACCCCGUGGAUCACAGACGCAUCUUGCACUUACUCUAGAUAUAGGGAAAGAAUUAGAGUAAAUUUUUUUCACAUCUGUUUUUCCUUUCUCCUUUCCCACAAAGGAACUGGCUAGUGCCAUCCUUAGUCAUUAGUCACAUGGACUGGUUCAUUAACUAAUGACCUUCAAGUCUGGUGAUUUCCUGGACGCUGGAUCAUCCAGAGAGAGGAAACCUCCAUGGAAAAGGAGAUUGCUGGCCAGCACAGAGGAUACUUCAGCCUUGCAGAUGUUAUGUACUUUGCCAAGAAGGGGUGUGAGACAGUUGCAGAAGAUGAAGUCACACAGCGGUUCACCUCUGAGGAGCUGUUGUCCUGGAAUCUCCUCAGCAGAACCAAUGCCAACUUUCACCGUGUCAGCUGGCAACUGACCACUGCGUGGAUCAUUGGGAUCUUAAUCCGGUACUGUCUCCUGGUGCCCUUUCGCAUCUUCUUGGCUUUCUUCAGCAUCCUCUUGCUGGUCUCAGCAACUACGGUAGUAGGACAGUUUCCAAAUGGCAGGGUUAAAUGCUGGCUGAGUAACCAAGUUCAGCUGACAUGUGCUGCGUUAGGUGUCCGAUGUCUGAGUGGUCUUGUUCAAUUUCACAACAGGGAAAACAGACCGCAGAAAGGAGGCAUCUGUGUAGCCAACCACACAUCUCCACUAGAUGUUCUAAUCCUGGCUAGUGAUGGAUGCUACUCCUUGGUUGGCCAGGUACAUGGAGGGCUUCUGGGACUUAUUCAGAAAUCUUGUAUGCAAACCAGUCAGCAUGUUUUGUUUGAACGUUCAGAAAUGAAAGAUCGACAUCUGGUGAGAAAAAGAAUCAGAGAACACAUUGCAGACAAGGCCAAAUUACCCAUUCUAAUUUUUCCAGAAGGUACCUGCAUAAACAACACGUCAGUUAUGAUGUUUAAGAAGGGAAGCUUUGAAGUAGGAGGGAUCAUCCAUCCGGUAGCUAUCAAGUAUGACCCUCGAUUUGGAGAUGCGUUCUGGAACAGCACCAAGUAUUCCAUGAUGACCUAUGGUUUUAAUGUGUUGACCAGCUGGGCUAUUGUCUGCAAUGUGUGGUACCUGCCACCGAUGGUCAAAGAGGAAGAAGAAGAUGCUGUUCACUUUGCCAACAGAGUCAAGGCUGUCAUUGCUGCUCGGGGAGGAAUGUCUGUACUUCCAUGGGAUGGAGGACUGAAAAGAAAAAAAGUCAAAGAGUCUUUCAAGGAAGAGCAACAGAAAAAAUAUUGCCAGCUAGUGACAGAAAAUGGGUUUGUGGGAAAUGGAAAUGUUUACUAAAUGUUAUUUAUUUUAUCUCCUGUUUUUUUGACUGGACUUAUCCUCGUGGAAAAUGGGCUUUUUUUAUAUUAAAAUUCCUUCCUGCUGUCCCUGUCAGAUAUUUUGCUUAUGACACAGUAGAGAAGCCAUGAACAAACAGUAUUUUAUUUCAAAUAAGGAUAUUGGUUUAAAAAUAGGAACAUUUAUGAGAUUCUUGUGAAAUUCUCUUCAAUGAUGAAUGUGAAGAAUCUGCAGUAAAAUUACCUAGGUUAGUUAGAACAUGUGUUUUAAAGAAAUCUUUAAGUUACUUAGAGUCUUAACUGGUAAUUUCUUAACUACUAAUAAAACAUAUGUCUUCACAACCUG